GUUGACGACGACCCAUCCCUUCCGCUCGCUGGAUUCCCCCGUGCGAGUAACGUGCCUGGCAUCGCCCAACUAUAAAGUGGCAUCUGGGUUUUUCGUCCGGCCUUGUUGCCAGUCGCACUCGUCCCGUGUUCACCUAGCUGGCUGUCACCUAGGCACUGAAAGGAGGGAGAGGUAUCACAUAUCAUUUACUCUGGGUCAACAUAGUGGGUGCGAAUGCUCGGGCUUUUUCGAAGAGGCACAAACAAAGUGUGCAAAACAUGCAACAAACGAAUAACAUCACGGGCUCACGUUGUUCCAGCCUGUGGGACGUUUUACCACCGAGACUGUCUAAAAUGUGCGGAUUGCGGCAGACCAGCAUGCCAGCAAUACAUGCCGUCAACGUCCACCGAUGUACCAAUUCUACUCUGUAAAGAGGACUAUCUGCGCCGCGUUUUUGCCGACGAUUCUGAAGUCACUGGGGAAUAUCGUUCCAAUGACAUUUGCGGCGGUUGCGGAAGACCAGUUAUAGUGGGCCUGCCAUUACAGGUUGAUCCCAACGGUGAUGGACAUAUGGAAGGAUGGCAUCACUAUUGUUGGAAGGUGUACAAGACAUGGGAUAUCAAACUUGACACCAUUAAACCCCCAUCGAUAUGCCUGAUGGACUUUGAGUCUUUUGACGCAGAGUGCUUGCUGUGGGAGGAUCGAGUGCAGACAGCUUUUGGGAGUUUGAGCGAAUUCGGUGCCGUGCUCGAACAACGUCGUGGGAUGUUAGUGAAGCUGCUCCAGGAAGGCCAACAUCAAGAGGCAAUUAAUCUCGGCAAGGAAGUGUGGGCACAGGUUGAGUAUUUGAUCAAUAUAAGUGAGAACAAUGUGAAAGGCAUCCGGUACGCAUCUACUCCCGAAUUGUACGAGGCGAAGUCGUCAUUCGAUAUCUGGGUGGCUCGCACGGAGCUGUAUAUGGAAGACUGUAGGCAGAUGGCGGAAAAAGCAAUAUCCUUGCUGACAAGUGUCAACAAUUCGAUCCAAGAUCUUUUGAGGAAGGCUUUUGUGUGGUUCAUACAGCAGGAUCUUCAUGGUGGGAAGAUCGAUCCGCACCUCCUUCGACUUGAAUUGCUUAUCCAGUCCUCCAGAAGGUCCCCCUUUGCUGCCAUCGAAAGAGUAAAGAUUAUUGGUUCACCGGCAUGUUCCGCCCUGCCUGCAAUCACGAACGAUCUUUGGAUGGACGAUUUGGAACGGCUCUUCACCGAGUUUGGAGUCUCUACAGAGACCCUUGUGGGUUCUGAUGACCACUCUGCGCCUGCGGUUUAUCUUGCUGAAAUCGUGCCAGAGGCCGGAAGGACGACCACCAUAUAGAUACCACAUAUUACCUGUAAGUCAUAGAUCGAAAGAGGUAAUGCUUAUUUAAUGUCUUCCCGACGCACGUUACCUGGAUAUUCGUCUGCUUCGGUAUUCCAAUGGAUUUUAAGGGCCGUUUAUGACUUGACAUGAUUUGACAUAUCGGACGGCGUACUAGUCAGUCACCCAUGUCAUUUACUAUUGUUUUGUAGAUUUUCUUGACUUGUAGAUAUGCUACUUAAUCGGAACACUUUGCCUUGAUACUUUGAAGUUUGUCUUUCUCUCCAUGGCUAUUGUCAAUGAACCAAUAUAUUAUUUGCAAGCAA